AUGGAAACACGGCAGCACGAGUACGCAGAAGCAAGGUGGUUUUUGUCAAAGAUUCAGGAUGAAUUUAGAGGUGGAAAAAUCACCAUUGAAAAUACUCACAAAUUGCUUGAGAAACUUGAUUUUCCCUGCAACUUUGCUCAUCUAAAACAUAUUUUUAAGGAAAAUGACAGACAGAAGCAAGGAAAAAUCACGAUAGAAGAAUUUAGAGCCAUUUAUCGGUGCAUUGCACACAGAGAGGAACUUACUGAGAUCUUCAACACAUAUUCCGGAAAUCGGAAAGUUCUUUCUGGAAAAAAUCUGACUGAGUUUUUAAUCCAAGAGCAGUAUGAGAUGGAUACAGAUGCCUCCACUUCAACUGAGAUUAUCGAAAAGUACGAGCCCAUAGAGGAAGUGAAGAAUGAAAAUCAGAUGUCAUUGGAAGGCUUCGCACGGUACAUGUUUUCAUCAGAAUGUCUCCUGUUUAAAGAAGAAUGUAAAACAGUGUAUCAAGAUAUGAACCAGCCACUAAAUGAUUAUUUUAUUUCAUCUUCUCACAACACAUAUUUGGUGUCCGAUCAAUUAAUGGGACCAAGUGACAUUUGGGGAUACAUAAGUGCCCUCGUGAAAGGCUGCCGCUGCCUGGAAAUCGACUGCUGGGACGGAGCCCAGAAUGAGCCUGUUGUGUACCAUGGCUACACUCUCACCAGCAAGCUUCUCUUCAAGACUGUUAUCCAAGCUAUAAACAAGUAUGCCUUUAUGAUGUCUGAGUACCCCGUGGUGCUCUCUUUGGAGAACCACUGCUCCCCUGGCCAGCAGGAAGUGAUGGCUGACAUUCUGCAGAGUACCUUUGGAGACUUGCUUCUCUCAGACAUGCUUGACAAGUUUCCAGACAGCCUACCGUCUCCAGAGGCACUAAAAUUCAAAGUAUUAGUGAAAAAUAAGAAAAUAGGAACCUUGUUGGAAACCCGUGAGAGAAUAGGGACUGACAAGCAGGGCCAAGUGCUGGAGUCACAAGAGGAUGUGUACGAAGAUGAUGACGAAGAAUCAUUAAAGGAGCCAGAAACACGAGGUGAUUUUUUAUUACGGGUCAAGCAAGAAAAGGAGACAGACCUCUCAAUCCUGGCCAGAGCAACAGCUGCCAAGAAAAAGCCCAAGAAGCUGAGAGUAGCUCUGGCACUGUCUGAUCUUGUCAUUUAUACUAAAGCUGAGAAGUUCCGAAACUUUCAGUACUCAAGACUCUAUCAGCAAUUUAAUGAGAAUAAUUCAAUUGUGGAGUAUCGAGCUCGAAAACUUUCAAAAUUGAGAGCCCAUGAGUUUAUUUUCCACACCAGGACAUUCAUCACUAGAAUAUACCCCAAACGGAUGAGAGCGGACUCUUCUAAUUUUAACCCUCAAGAGUUCUGGAAUGUAGGCUGUCAGAUGGUGGCCUUGAAUUUUCAAACCCCUGGACUGCCUAUGGAUUUGCAAAAUGGAAAAUUUUUGGAUAAUGGAGGCUCUGGAUAUCUUCUGAAGCCCGACUUCCUCAGAGAUACAACCCUGAGCUUUAACCCAAGUGAAGCAACAGGAAAUGGUCACCCAAUCACCCUCACAAUACGACUCAUCAGUGGGAUCCAGUUGCCUUUUAGAUUGUCCUCUAACAAAGCUGACAUAUUAGUGAUCAUAGAAGUCUACGGUGUUCCAAAUGACCACAUGAAACAGCAGACUCGUGUUGCCUCGAAAAAUGCUUUUAGUCCAAGGUGGAAUGAAACGUUUACAUUUAUUAUUCAAGUGCCAGAACUGGCAUUGAUACGUUUUGUUGUGGAAAAUCAAGGCUUCAUAGCAGGGAAUGAAUUUCUUGGGCAGUACACUUUACCAGUUCUCUGCAUGAACAAAGGUUACCGCCGCGUUCCUCUGUUUUCCAGAGAGGGUGCAAACCUUGAACCUUCUUCACUGUUUAUUUACGUUUGGUAUAUCAGAGAGUGA